UAAAUCAUUCCGUUUCUAACUACAAGUUGUGACGUUGACAAACAUACUACCGGGAUAACGUUAAUAUUUACCUAUACAGCUUAUGCAACAAAAACGCCGACCAAUUCUAUCUGCUCUUUGCUCAUUCUCCAUUGUCAUCACUACAAGCCCGCGAAAAAGGGGUACUAAGAAAUAUGACAUCAUCAGUGUUGUAUAAACGUUAUGUAUCACCAGUAAGUCCGACCAUAUAUCCUCAUCUCACAUUGCUGUUAAUGAGUAUUGGGGUUUUCUUCACAGCAUGGUUUUUUGUGUAUGAAGUCACUGGAACAAAGUAUACAAGAAGCUUGAAAAAAGAACUAACUAUUUCUUUUGUAGCAUCAUUAUUUACUGGUUUUGGCCUACUGUUCCUGUUGUUGUGGGUUGGAAUAUAUGUAUAACUAUAAAUAAAUUUUUAAAUAAUCAUUAUAUUUGAAUUAUUAAAUGCCUAAUGUAUAUGUAUAUGUAUUAUUAUAAAAGAAUUAAUUAAUUCUAUCUUUGAUAAUGUAAAAUAAUACAUAUUCUCACUACUUAGAUGAAUUACUAAAUACUUAAAUUUAAUUAUUAUGAGUAUUUUUAUAAAUAAAUUGUUGUUGAAUAAAAAAAAGAUGUGCACAUAAAGUCUUUAAAAAUAAGAUUAUUUUUUCAAUAUAAUAAAAUUCAAAAAUAUAAUAAA